GUCAUCAGGAAAGCCCAUCUCCGUCCUCCCCGGUAUUGCCACACUUCAGGCACUUGAAGGCUGGUAUCUGGUCCCCCCUCAAUCUCCGCGUCUCCAGACUCAGGCACCCCGGCUCUUCCAGCCCGUCUUCGUUGGUCCCUUCCUCCCAGGCCUCUGAUCCUUUUUGUUUCCCCGCGCGGGACCCUCUCCAGUUUGUCCAUGUCCUCCUUGAAGUGCCAGGCACAUAAAACGGGCGGGAGCGAUGGUCGCAGCUUCCAGAAGGUUUCAGGGGAGCAGAGAGCCCCGGCUGGUGCCCGUGGCCCCUCCAAGGAGCCUGCGGAUGCCACCCGGUGAAACUGCCCGGAGACAUGCAUGGCCCCCGGCGCUCGCCCCUUUCGGAUGCUUCCGGCCCGGCUGCUCCCCCUGCUUCGCACCCCUCUGCGGCUGCUCCCCCGCCUGGCCUCUUCCACCCCCAUGGCUGGGGAGAAGCCAGUGGAGGCGUCCAUCCGCUCCAAGCUGCAGCGGGAGCUGGAGCCCACCCAUCUGGAGGUGCAUAAUGAGAGCCAUCAGCACGCCGUGCCCCCUGGCGCCGAGACUCACUUCAAGGUGGUGAUCGCCAGCUCCCGCUUCGCCGGCCUGCCCCUGCUGCAGCGCCACCGGCUAGUGAAUGAGAUCCUGCAAGCCGAGCUGGCUGGCCCCGUCCAUGCCCUCUCCAUCCAUGCCAAGACCCCGGAGCAGUGGGACCAGAACGCCGACGUGAGCCGCAGCCCUGCCUGCCUCGGCGGCUCCAAGCACGACCCGCACAUGGCUGAGAAGCUGGGAAGCCAGGGAUAGCCUGAGGGGGCAGCAUCAGUGGGGAACUGGCGGGUUGGUAACUGGAUUAUAGGCAUUGCACUCCUGUAAGGCGUGAUGUUUAUUCUGUGCCCACAGCCCUGGCUGCGUCACUGCCCUUGGGGCAUUGGCAGCAGGGACGGUGACAACCUUGUUCCUGGUAGCAGCUGACCUAGCUGCCGGAGCAUCCGCACGGGUUUUUCAUGGAGGGUUUGCGCCUGCGUCCCCCCUUGCUGCGUCGCGCAUCCCGGCAGAGCUGGGUUGUAGUAGGGACUGAGUGCCGCAAUGUCCUUCCAGCUCUCAGCGCCACUUGUUGAAAUGGGGGAGGGAGGGUCUUUGCACCGUGAAUAAAGCCUGUGCUCCAUCAAGCCAUGGGGAACAUAUCCGUCACCGUCUCUGGCUUUGGGUUUGAUGGUUGGGAGAGAUGGACCUUACCUUGCGUUUUGCUGGCUUCUUCUUUCUCUCCCCUCUUAUGCAGCAGGGCACGGUCUCAGCUGCAUGCACCCCCUGGUGAUGUGAGCUUAAUUUGCAUCAAAUGAACUUUUCCACCCUGGGGACCCUAUAACAUCUUUUUAUUCUGUGCAAUAUGAAGUUUCAUUUCUACCUGGGAGAAAUGUUAUAAUCUGUGCAUUCUCCUUUGCCUGAGGAAAAGCGAGCAAGCCCAAAAGCUUGCAAGUAACGACAUUUUUUGUAGCUAUUUAGUCGGUCUAAUAAAAGAUACCACCUUU